AUGCCGAUGUUGAUUGAUUAUGUGACCAAAGCACUCGUAAUCGUUUUCGAGCACACAAUGGGUAUACUGAGUCAAUUCUCAGAAGCUGCUAAACGCAGUCCAUUUGGAAUGCCACUCGUCCGCAAGGGAGAAUGCCGUUAUCAAUAUGAUGCGGAUGUACUUGUUAAGGGAUAUGCGAUGACCUCAGAAACGUUGUCAAAACAACCGUUUCUAUUGUUACGAGCGAAGAAUUGGUUUGAUUAUCGAUGUAGCAUGCGAUUGCAACGCUAUCGUCGACAAAUCUCAUCAUGGUCGGGUGUAAUUGUAAUCGUAUGCAUGUGGAUUUUUAUGUAUUUUCAUGUUGUUGCACUGCUUUAUGAUGGUAUUGCACAGUUCCUCUACAGUUGGGAUACUUCUCAAUAUUUGAUGAAAGCAUCAUACCAUCUUGUAAGUAGUACCAUUGCUACAAAACUCAUUCAAGCUGCACCUGGUGAAGUGCCAUAUGGAUCGUUGCAAUUCUUUGCAUAUUGUGGUCUUGGUGGUAUUAUCUCAUGUGGUACCACACAUACGUCAAUUGUACCACUUGAUCUCGUCAAAUGUCGUAUUCAGGUCGAUCCAGUUAAAUAUAAGGGUAUCAUAAGUGGAUUCAAAACAACAAUUAAAGAAGAAGGAUUCACUGCUCUUUCUAAAGGAUGGGCACCAACAUUCUACGGCUAUUCAAUGCAAGGUUUGGGCAAGUUCGGUUUCUACGAGGUUUUCAAACUGUUCUAUUCGGAACUUCUUGGUGAAGAAAUUUCCUAUCAAUGGAGAACAACGUUGUAUUUGGCUGCAUCUGCAUCAGCUGAAUUCUUCGCCGAUAUUAUGCUUGCACCAAUGGAAGCAACUAAGGUUCGAAUUCAAACGCAACCUGGUGCACCACCAACGUUGAGAGGAUGUUUUCCAAUGAUAUGGCGCACUGAGGGCAUCAUGGGAUUCUACAAAGGUUUACCUCCAUUGUGGCUUCGACAGAUUCCAUACACGAUGAUGAAGUUUGCGUGCUUCGAACGAACCGUUGAGGCGUUGUACAAAUACGUCGUACCGAAACCACGUUCACAGUGCUCGAAACCCGAACAGUUGGUGGUGACAUUCAUUGCGGGUUACAUUGCUGGAAUAUUCUGUGCUAUCGUCUCGCAUCCGGCCGAUACCAUCGUCUCGAAACUCAACCAGGACUCUGGCUCAACUUCAAUGCAAGUCGCAAAGAAGCUCGGCUUCAUGGGUCUAUGGAAGGGUCUCUUCCCACGUAUCAUAAUGAUUGGUACGUUGACCGCCGCACAAUGGUUUAUCUAUGAUUCAGUCAAAGUGAUCUUCAAAUUGCCCCGUCCACCACCACCAGAAAUGCCCGAAUCGUUGAAGCUGAAGCUUAAGGCUGCUGGAAAACUGUAG